AUGCCAACUGCAGCAGGAACAUGGCAGCAGGAGGCAGCAGGAAGCACAGCAGAAGCAAAGGAGCAUUCUGGAGACAAUCCUGCUGGGGCUUUGCCUCUCCAGGAUGGACCAGAGAAGCUUGUUAUCCCCUGGGCUGUGUUCCAUCAGCUUUACUGCUGCCCGCAGCUCCUCUGUCAUGGCCACCAGCAGAGUACCAUGAGUCAGAGGCAAUCAGGCUACACAAAAAUUAGUUUGAAAACCUUCCGGGAAUCUUUCAACCUGAGUAAAAGCAAAGAUGAAACCGAGUUCACAGCCCAGUCCCUCGCUGGCGAUUUCGUGAAAGAUGACUCCUUAUUCGGGAGCUGCUAUGGCAAGGACAUGGCCAGCUGCAACAUUGGCAGUGAGGAGGAGAAAGGGAAGAACAGGUCCAAAAGCGAGAGCCUGAUGGGCACCUUGGAGAGGCGGUUGUCUGCCAAGCAGAAGGGCAAGGGUGGGACUGCACCCACAGUCGAGGACACCUUCUCUUUGUCUUCAGCACCUGGAGGCCUCAAGGACGUGCGUGCCCCUCGGCCCAUCCAUUCUGCAUCACUGUGCAGCCACCACUACAGCCCCACACCCUGGCCGCUGAGGCCCACCAGCUCGGAGGAGACAUGCAACAAGAUGGAGAUGUGGGUGAAGGCCCUGUCAAAUGGUGUGCGCAAGGAGCUGCGGGAGCUGCAGCCCAAGGAGCUGCGGGAGCUGCAGCCAGAGCCACGCCCUGAGCCCCGCUGCAGCCCUGGUUCACCCGGGGAUCUGCGCCUCCUUCUGGAGGAACACACGCCUGUAGUUAUCAGACUCAUGUCUCAGGACUACCUUCAGUACCCCGUGCCUUUAGAAGAGGGGAUGUGCCCUCUGGAAGGGCCGCAUAGCUGCUGCCUGGACACGUCCUCGCCCACGGAGGUGUCGGCCGUGCUGCCAGGGGCCAGCGCCUUCUCCGAAGAUGACAGUCAGGUGGACCAGGACCUGGUUUUAGCCCCAGAGAUCCUUGUGGAUUCUUCGGUGAACAACUUGUUGAUUGGCACCACAGGAGUCAUGUUGCAGAACCCCAGAGCAGGUCAUGACGAUGCCCCUCCCCUCUUACCAUUGCUACCUCCAAUGCAGAAUAACCCAAUCCAAAGGAACUUCAGUGGCCUCUCAGGCCCGGACAUGCACAUGGCCGAAAGUGUGCGCUGUCAUUUCAAUUUCGAUCCCAACUCUGCACCUGGCGUUUCAAGAGUUUAUGAGUCGGUGCAGAGCAGUGGGCCCAUGGUUGUGACAGACUUUACGGAGGAGCUGGAGAAGCUUGCAAAACAGGGGUGGUAUUGGGGUCCUAUCAUAUGCUGGGAGGCAGAGGGAAAGCUGGCAAACGUGCCUGAUGGUUCUUUUCUUGUUCGGGAUAGUUCUGAUGACCGUUACCUUUUAAGCCUGAGCUUUUGUUCCCAUGGUAAAACACUUCACAUUAGAAUUGAGCACUCGAAUGGUAGGUUCAGCUUUUACGAACAGCCAGAUGUAGAAGGGCAUACAUCUAUGUUAAUUGAGCAUUCAAUCAGGGACUCUGAAAACGGAGCAUUUUGUUAUUCAAGGUCACGGUUGCCUGGAUCUGCGACUUACCGGGUCAGACUGACUAAUCCAGUGUCCCGGUUCAUGCAGGUGCGCUCUCUGCAGUUCCUGUGCCGUUUUGUUAUCCAUCAGUACACCAGAAUAGACUUAAUUCAGAAACUGCCUCUGCCAAACAAAGUAAAGGAUUAUUUGCAGGAGAAGCACUGCUGA